AUGCAGAAACCGAAUGUGUCUAAAUCUCGGAAAUGGCUGCCUGCUGGCCUUCCUGUAAUGUUGUGUCUGUGUCUGCUUGCAAGCAUCCCAACAGUUACAAUCCUGUGCUCCAACAUCUUCUACACCCAGUUUGUGUUCAGAACCACCACUUCCAAGGCUGGUAUAUCCCAAGUCCAAUUCGUCUUGCCUCAUUCGCUUCGGAAUCAAAUCUCUGAUUUGCAGAAAAAAGUCGGAGUUCUCCUGGAGCAGCUUCGUGGUGCAAGUGCAGAAUCUAAAGCAGUAGCGUCGUUUGCUGAUCAACUUCUACAUAUUGCCGUAUCCUUGGACAAGUUUGCAGAAUCCUUAUCAGGUUCCUAUGAUAGCAGUUCUUCUGGUAUGAACGAAGUCAGCGUUGUAGAUGAAGACUUAAGUGACCAUGGAGAAAGUGAAAUCGAUCAAGGAUCAGAUACUCAUCGUUUUAACUCAGGUGAGCUUCAUAACUACACUGCAUUGAAACUGAAUAGGCUGAUUGGGAAGAAAAACUUCCUUGGGGUGGAAGCAAUUAGUCCAUCUGUAGGACUCACUUGUGCCAGCAUGUCCUCGAGUGUAAAUCACUUUAUGGAUUAUAAGAUCUAUAGGAUGUGCCCUGAUGACUGGGACAUUGCUCAGAAGGUCAUGAUCAGUGGCUGCGAUCCAUUGCCGAGAAGACGAUGCUUCUCGAAAACACCUCCACGUUUCAGUAAGCCACUCCCUAUAAACUCAUCCCUUUGGUCUCAACCAACCGACACCAACAUUUUAUGGAGUCGUUACAAGUGCAAAGAUUACUCCUGUCUUGUCUCGAACGAAACAUUAGGUAAAAGAGGCUUCUUCAAAUGUUCAAACUGCUUCGAUCUUUCAAAAAGAGGAUGGGAAAUCUCAACGAAUGAAUCAACUUCAGCUGAAUUCACCAUAGAUGAAGUUCUAAGAUUGAAGCCAGGAGAGAUCAGGAUAGGACUCGAUUUCAGCCCCACAACUGGCACAUUUGCUGCACUAAUGAAGGAAAGAAAUGUAACAAUUGCAUCGGCUACCUUGAACUUAGGGGCUCCUUUUAAUGAAGUGAUUGCGCUCAGAGGCCUCUUACCCCUCUACUUAUCAAUAGGCUCAAGACUGCCAUUCUUCGAUAGCACACUCGAUAUCAUACACUCUACCCUAUUUUUGGACGGAUGGAUCGGAUUAGAUCUUCUUCAGUUUGUCCUUUUCGAUUGGGAUCGUGUUCUUCGACCCCAAGGGCUUCUUUGGGUGGAUAGAUUCUUCUGCAAAAGAGAUGAUCUGAAGAUCUAUUUGAAUGAAUUUUCCAGGCUGCACUACAAAAAGUUACUGUGGAGAAUUGUUCCAAAGACUGAUAGAUCGGAGGACGAGCUUUACAUCUCUGCUGUAUUGGAAAAACCACUUAGAAGCUAA